AUGACGCUCAGGGGCCUCCAUCUGGACUUGAAAGCCUCCAAGGGUGGUCCUGGUCGGGUGUUGAGCAGCUUUGACGAUACCUGCACUCACCAUUAUGGCCUGGGCUCUAGUCUGGGUGCUACCCCAACACCGGGCACAAGUGAGUACGACGUGGAAGCAGCUGCAGACGUGGACUACGACAUGAUUUACCUACUCUACCCGCCUAUCUACAUAGCACACGUCAUGUAA